AUGCCGGGACCGGUCGCCACCGAGGACCGGCAGGGUCCUGUCCGAUCCAUGAUUUUCAUGACUACAAACAGACGCCUCCAAAAGUCUCCCGGGUUCUUCGCCGCGGCCCCGCUACUUCCUGCGCCAGUCGAUCCAGUGGAGCUCGGCGCGAGGGGGGGCAAACGGUCGGAGUAUUACGGCUGGGUUGCUUAUCAUCCACGGAAGACACCUUCAUCAUUAUCUUACGUAGGAAAGAAACCCUCUCCGUACCCUCCCGCCGGUGAGGAUGGAAGAGCCAAAAAAGGAAAAAAGAACAGUAUAAAAAGGACCGGAUCCGGUUCCUCCCCCAUGGCCGUGCAGCACCUCGGGUCUGAGCCCCUCGCGCGCUGGGGUAGGACAUGGCCAUUGCCCGGCCUCUCCACCGGCCAGGCUGUCUGUCCCCGACUGACGGAGGGACAAGGGGACGAAGGCGUGCGACGGAUUGUGAAGCUCCAGGUCUCACAGCGCGAUCCACUUGCCCUUCCUUCCCCUUCGAGUAGUGGGUGUGGGCGAUUCGCCCCUGGUCGCACGCCUGCUUCUAGAACGAUGCAGAUUCCCCGCCACGCGGUCAUUGACCGUUUGCAUCAUGAUAAGGAAGAGGAGGAGGAAGAGGAGGAAGAGGAGGAAGAGGAGGAGGAGGAGGUGGAGAAAUCAUGA